AUGUCAACCUCCACCAACCGAUACCAGGUGCGCGACGAUGACACUCCCUUCGAAGUCAUUAAGAAGAUCCGCUGCUCCCGCGGGAUGGAUGUUAAGGGAAAGGUUAUCAGUGAUACCGCUUUUCAAACCUUCAAGAUGCUUGGAUCGGCACUUAGGCUAUUGGCCGAUAUGAAUCCCCAACCCGCACAUUUUGUUCUGGAAGCUGUUCAGAACGCGGACGACAAUGACUAUCUGAACGUCCAAGCUAUUUGCACCAUCAGUGAGAGUACCAAAACAGACAGACCAGACUGCACUGGAGAGAAGGGUAUUGGUUUCAAAAGCUUUUUCAAGAUCGCUGUGGCCAUCCACAUUGCAUCUCGCGGUUUCUCCUUCAAGUUCGAUAGCCGUCGCUUGUGUGGCAUGAUUGAUCCUGAAUGGGCUGAGUUUCCGCAACAGCACGAGCGGCCAGGUACGACACAGUUCUUACUUGAGCUUGCUCCGGAUGCUCCUAGAGCCAGAAUUCAGAGUGAACUACGUGCCUUUGACCCAACACAAUUACUCUUCCUUCGGAGACUAAGGACAGCCGAAGUCUCUGUUGACGGUGAGAAGAUGAUGGUCAGGAGAGAAGAUUUCCCUCAAGUCAACAAGUACAACGGAGAAAUGCGACGGCUCAUAGUAUCAAAGCCUGGUAGUCACGAGGAAGUCGUUACCGACUAUAUGAUCGUCAAAAAAAGGAUCCCUGUGACCCAUGGAUCUAAUAAACACCCUAAAGCAAAAGAAACGGAAGUUAUCCUGGCUUUUCCCGUUGCCUCUGACUGCCCUGUGAUCGAGGCCCAGAAUGCUUACAAUUUCCUUCCUGUUCGCAAAACGAGUUUCUUCUUUCUCAUUCAGGCUGACUUUAUCUUGGCUGCAAAUCGUGAAGAUGUGGAUGACUCGCAUGAGGGAUGGAACCAAAUGCUUCUCAGAGCACUGGCUCAGGCGUUCACUUUGGCAGCACUCCGCUUCAAGGACACCCCACUCAAGUUCUCUUGGAUUCGCUUUCUGCCAGUUGAUGGCGAGCCGUGCUUUGCACUUUCGAUGCUUCCAAAACUCAUCCGACAGAAUCUAGGAAAGGCUUCUAUACUUUUGACUAGUCAUGAAACACCAGUGUCUGGCUCAGAAGCGGUGUUCAUCCCUCAAGCAUUCAGAAUCGGAGACAGAAAUCCGCUUAUUGACAGCGCAAUCUCUUUACACAAGGAAUGUGACAGUUCUGACUUCACUCGGCUGAGAUGGCUGGGUGUAACGACAAUGAGCCAGCAACAAUUUCUCUCCCACCUCAAAACUUACGUCGAAGUUGAGUCCGGCCGACAAUUUCGAGAGCAGAAGGCAGCGUGGCAUGCAAGCCUGGCACGAAUCCUUAGCGACAAUCAGGAAAUCAGUGCUGCGCAGAUCGCCAAGCUGCCAAUAAUCCGGCUUCAAGACGGGCGCUGGGUUGCGACAAAGAAUAAUGUGAUUACGUACGAAGUGGCCGACACGAAUAUCAUGGACAGAGUUCCACCCGGGCUUGAUCAUAUUCAAUUGGUGCACCAUUCAGUUGCCUCCAACCCGUACGGACUGAGACUGUUACAGAAAUUAGGCGUCAAGCGGUUUGACUCCAGACAAGUUUGUAACCUGAUCAUCAGUCAGCACAAACGUUCUACUAAACCUUCUUGCGACAUGUCCGUUCUCAUUUCUCAUGCAGUGUACCUUUUUCAGGCCCAGCAUAAUCUGAGAGGUCUCAACACAUGCGAAGGUCCCAUGCUCUGGCUAUGCACCUCCAACGGUGCCGUGGGGCGUGCUUCGGCAUUGUAUGUUGACGAUCCACAAUUGGAUGACCCUGUAAGCCGCCAUUUGGCGGAAGGACCAGCAGCCGGUCUUGUGCUGCAUAAGGAGGUCGUGGAGGCUGUCGGUCGUGGAGGCUGUCCGUGGUUCCAAAAGCACUGA